AUGGCGCAGGCUGAGCUGACGUCAGAGCCCCCCGGGCCCCCCACCGCCUCCUCCCCGACGCCCCCUCUGCAUCCCCCCCUGCCCGCUGCCGCCCGGGGGAGGCUGGGGAGGAGGGAGCCGGAGCGCGCCGGGCCCAUUAAAUCUAAUUACUCCUCGCCGCAGCCGCGGGCCCCGGGCGGCCCCAGCCCGGCCUCCCAAUUGUCCUCAGCUCCGGCAGGCGAGGGGACGGAGCCUGGGGCGGGGGCCCUUCGCACUCACCCCCAAGUGGGGUGGCCGCCAAUGCCCCAGGAGGUGCUGUUCCAGGCUCCCCAGCCCCCCUCGGAUGUCAACAAACCCCGGAAGAAACCCCAAGAGGGGAAACCCAGAGUCGGUGCUGAAGGGUCGGAGGCCACUGGUCUGUUUUUCCAGAGGUUUCUUCCUGUCACAGAACUUCCCUCAGGUCCCACGUGGGGGCGCCCAGGAUGGGGUCAGCGGGAGGCGGUCAGCCCUUUGUCUGGACCCCAGGCACAUCCAGCGGGACUUGAGGGGAGCAGGACGCCUGAGGAAAGGCCCCCACCCCCCGUGGCCCCCCACCACUGGCUUCCUGGGAGGCCUGGCCUCAUCUCCCACCCGCCCGGGGCUUCCUCAAGGCCCUCGGACCCCUCCUCCUGGGAUCACGCCCGUCCCUCCCUGUCCCCGUGGGGACCCCGCUGGCACUGGCCCCUCUUCUUCAGCUGGGCUCCCCCGCCCCUCUCCAGGCUUCCUUCUGGGGCUGGCCAGCGCCGACCUGACGAGACCAGGAGGACGAGCCCCCCUCGGUGGCAGGGCUGCCCGCACGUCCUGUGGCUGUCCCUCGGCAGGGAGGGGUUGAGAUGUGCGAGCAGCUGGUCAGAGCCCCCACAAAAGGAGGCCACGAGAGUGGGGGGCACCCUUGCCCCCCAGAGCCUCAUGGGGUCCACCGGGCCAGCCACGGGCCACCUCUGCUCGUCCCCUCCAGUCGACCUGUUCCCCGACUCGCUCCCCAACAACGGCCCGGGACCCUCCCCCAGGGGAGGAUUCAAGCCCCACCCCCUCCUCCUGGAGAGCUCCUACGCAUCCCGCAAAACCCAGCUCAGCCUCCAGGGCCUGGGAUCGGGCCUGGCUCAGGGCAGGACUUCAGCAAGGGUGUGUGCCCGGAGCCGCCUGGAGAGGACCCGUCCUAGACCCCAGCGGGACGGCUUCAGGGGACCCGCCCGAGGGCCUUGGGGCAUCGAGACCUGCAGAAGCUCUGGACAGGAUCCCUUUGCCCCCCAGAAGCCCCCCACAGCAGGGCUCCCUGAGGACUCCAGGGAGCUGGGGCAGGAGGAUGAGCUGCCUGCUAAAUGCCAGGCGGCCGCCCCGCCCCGGGAAAACGGCUCUGGGACCGGGGCCCUAAUUCCCAGGGAGCCAGCCCCCCAGGCGGGGUCCAGAGUACAGGUGCCUGCCCCGGCCCUGGGCUCUCUCCUGAUGGGCACCCUGCAGAGCCCCCCGCCCCAUUCCCCCAGCCCCAGCCCUGCCCGCUCCCCACCUCCUGCUUUAUACCCCCACCAGGACUCCCAGCAUGCUCUGGGGCAAGCACCUCCUCCAUGGGGGGCCCAGGCCAGCUUCUGGGGGUACACGGUGCCCUCCCCCCAAGAGAACCCAGUGCCCAGGCCCCUGGGGCUAGAGGAAGGGCCCGGCAGGCUGAGGUCCCAGGGCUGGGGACAGACGUCUCUGGAGGCCAAGUUCAGCCCCUUCCCACAGCCCCUUCCCCUUGCAGCCAUGCCGGGCGACGAAAAAUGCCUACGGAGCCUCCGUCCAACAGUCCCCCAGUGUGACGGCCUCGGCGGGGUCAGUGGCCACGGUGACCGCAUGCCCACCGGAAGGGGCAGGGGCAGGAAGCCGGGGGCCCCCGAGAUGAGGCUCAGAGUCAAGGAGAUUCGGAGGCGGCUCCAGGCCCCUCACGCAGACAGGCACCCUGGCCUUGGGGUCCUGGUGGGCAUGGGACUGGGGGAGCCAUGCACGGCCCCCUCUCUUCUCAACCACACGCUGACCUUGACCCCCAGCUUGGACCCCUCAGCUCCUGGGGGUCAAGGCUCCGCCAAAGAAAUUGUUCGCAACAGUGAAUGGCCCCCCAGGGCCCAGGCCAGGGGAGCAGGGACCCCACUCUCGGACACACUGACCCCGUUGCCCCGGGUGCUGCUGGGGAGGGAGCCCUGGGGGCUCUCUGUGACACCUGACUCUCCUGGGGUGCCCCCAAGACUACAGCGGGCAGCGAGCGAACCCCAGCCUCCCUGCCACAUGGGCCUGGGGCUGCUGUGGAGGGACCCCCUGCAAAGAGCCCCCGCCGGCACCCAGCGAUGGACAGGGAAGAAGUCGCCCCCUUUCCCUCCCCUCGAGCUGGAAGAAAAACCCAAGUGCCUGACAAACAGGAGCCGCCCGUCCCUGUCCCUGUCACGGCUAAAUGCCUCGGGCUGCCGCCACCGCCUCCAGGCAGUACUCCCUGGUGGCUCCCCCCACGUCCCCUUCCCGCCAGGCCCCCCGUCGUGUGGGGGUGGGGACGUGCCCGUGUGCCAUCUGGAGAGUCCAUUCGGUGGGGGCACCCCCUGCACCCCUGGGUCCCGUGGGACAGCCCCGGUCACAGCUCCCAACCCGGCCUGGGUCCCACAGCAGAGCAUCCUCAGAGCCUGCCCAGCACUGGGCACGGGUCACCCACAUGACAGGCAGCCGGAGGGGCCAGGGGGAACCCAGGCACAAGGCCGCAGGGAUGGAGGGCAGGCUGCUGAGGCCCCCGAGGGGGAGACCCUGCGGACCGGCAAGCAGCCCCGCUGCCCUGACACCCCACACAUCCAUCUGGGGGCAGAGGUGGUAGAGGGUCCCGCUCAGGACCCCUCCUGGGUGCCAGGCCCUUCACAGGGUCCCCUUUACACUCCAGCCUUCAAGGAGCCUGGCACCAGCCUCAGGCCCCCCGCCUCGCCGGGGCCCGGUGACUCAGUCUGGGCUGCUCGCCCCCAUGCCGCCCCUCCCCAGCGCGUGCAGGCCUCCGACAAACCGGCCGGGCGAAAGCACAAGAGCAGCGGCGCCCUCGGAGCAGAUGCGGCCCCACUGCUCCGAGCCAGAGCCGUGCGCGGGGGUCCCGAUGAUGAGGGGCUGCCUCGUCCCUCCUCCGACUGGGAGAGCCCCUCGGCCUCCUUCCCGGCCCCCAGGGGUGCAGAUGCUCCUGCACAUAGAGCCCAGCCCUCGGCCCUGGACAUGCAGCCAGCCCCCGGGAGGAUGGCAGAAGGCACGGGGCGCGUGUGUCCCAAGGCCCGAAAACACCGGAGGGGCAGGAGGUGGUGUCAGCUCCUGUCGGAGGGAGGAGGGGGCCGCCUAGCCGAGCAGGCCCUGCACAGGCCCUGCCGCCCGCACCUUCCCCACAGCCGGGCUCAGUUUGGGAAGUUUUUCCAGCAGAUCCCAGGAACCAGCUGGAGAUUCCCAGGGAUGAGCAGCCGGGGGCAGGGGCUGCCUCUGAGGACUGCUGUGCCCCACGCUGACCUCGGGGGACAAGACAGCGGCGACGGUUCCACCCCUUGGCCAACAUCAGAACCAGAGCGGGGCCCCCCGCUGCAGAUCCUGGGGCACAAAGAGAGGGGCAACCUGCUCGGGGACAACCGUGCCGCAGCCGGAGCCGGAGCCCGGGCCUCGACCUGCCCCUCUCAGGCGCUGCAGCAGCCCCCUGGCUCAGGGCUCCCGGUCCAGACCCAAGGGCUGCCUGCCUCCCUCGGCCACCCCUACGCCCCCAGCCAGCAGAGACCCCGGCCCCGAGCGGCCCUGGCCACGCCGUCCUCCCGAGCCUCUCGCUGCCCGGAGCCCAAGUCCCGAGCACGAGGCCCACAUGGGCACAGUCGUUUCAGGAGCCGGGACUCAUCCCGGGGCGGCUCCCAGGGGCUCCCCUUCCCCCCACUGACAUUUCCAGGCGGCUCCGGAGCUGACCCAGCUGCGCCAUGA